CGGCGGCGGCCGGUGGCGCUGUGAGGAGAGACCGCCGCCAUCGCGCUGCCGCGGCCCCUCCGCGCCGCCCGACCUGGGAAAAGUCCCCGUUUUGCGGCCCUCGCACCGAGGAAUGCUUGUGGACAAGCCAUCUGAAUUAAUGGUGACUCAGGAAGUGCCAGGAAUAUAUAGAUGUCUUAAAGAAACACAUACAUUAGAUUAAUUCAGUACAUCUAUACAGAAAUAUUUAACACUAGUAACACGAAAAAGGGUGAAGUUUCUGGAGUCAUGGCUAAAGCUGACAUCAACCCAAAAUCUAUGUAUCAUGCCAAAAAAUGGUCAGAUGAUGUAGAGAACUUAUACAGAUUUCAGCAAGCUGGAUACAGAGAUGAGAUUGAAUAUAAACAAGUAAAACAAGUUGACAUGGUAGAGUGUUGGCCAGAAACUGGAUUUGUUAAGAAACUUCAGAGAAGGGACAAUACGUUCUAUUAUUAUGAUAAGCAAAGAGAAUGUGAAGACAAAGAAGUCUAUAAAGUGAAAGUUUAUGUGUAUUAGUUUUGUUAUUGUUCUAUUUUGUUUGUACUUUUUUAUAAAUCUGUUUGUUAGAAUCUGUAAGUAAAUGAGAUUGUGUAAGCUGAUUUACCUUAAAUCCUUAAGUAUCAAUGUCAUUCUUGGUUGGAAGGGGGAAUAUAGGAGAUGUAGAGAAGGCUGGAACUAUAGACGUAAGAAUUUCAUUUUUUUUUCCUGCUAUAACCAAAAGUCUUAUUAUCCCUCAUUUUCCUAGUUACAAAACUUUUGACAUAAAGAUAAAAAGCUGGUAAAUCAGCAUCAUAUAUUUGGUUUAACUGUGUGUAAAGUCCAUUAUAAGUACAGGCAUCAGUCUUUAUUCAAAACAAUAUAAUCUUGUUGACAGUGGCUAAUUUCAGCCACCGUCUCUUGGUAUAGCUAAGGGUUAUGAGACUACAAAGGGCCAAAGUAAGGCCAAAAUACUAACUAAAGUUCCACUGGAGAAUAGCAAGAAUAACCAGCAAAGAAUUUAGUGAAGGACACAGAACAAUCAAGUAGCAAGGACCAGUGCUGAGCUGCAGAUUUAAAAACUGGUUAUUGUGAUAGAAACAGUCACAACAAAAAUGUAUUUCUGAGCACUAGGUAAGGUAACCCCAAAGUAUUUUUGUUGGGUGCAAGUAUUAAUUACUUGAGGAGGAAGUAUUAAUUGACUGGGUAGCAUGUGCCUUUUUACAGAGGGGGAAAAAGAAGGCAGUGGAUAUACAUAUGGUAGGAUCAGGCAGUAUGAAAUCCGUACUAUAAUACUUAAGGUUAGGUAACUUACACAGAUGAUACGUGGGAUUUCUGGGCAGAAUUCAUCUCGUCUAACUUCAAAUGUCACAUUGUCAACAUCUACACCUGAUCUCGUCAUGUGGACACUCUUUGUUGUGAAUAGAGAGGAGUUGGCUCUUCUGGGCACAAUUCAUUUCUUCUAAAUGUAAUAUUUAAUAUUUGCUAUGAAUGUGUUGCUGUGACAUUGGCUCUGAAGAAGCUGUCCAUAUGUGUGCUGCUCUGAGACACCUGGUAAACGUGAGGUACCAUGCUUACCUUCACUCAUUAGGGCAUUUAAUUAAAAUACUUUAAGAUGCCAAAACUCUAGGUACAUGACUGGUAGAACAGAUUAUUUUUAUGUAAACCAGUAUAUGUACUCAUGGUGGUUACAAAAAAAUGUUAUUCAUCUCUCCUGUCUCUGGACUGUUAACCAAGGGGCAGCUAAACUAAGUUUUAGGCAUGGAUUAGAAGUGGACAUUUGACCAUCUGUCUUGUGGAUAUUCUUCCUUCAUUUGAACCUAAGAAGGUGGCCAACUUAAGAGUAUGGGUGCAAUAUCCGAAAGAUCUCAUUGACAAUAGGUGAUGAUGAUCUAGUCACCUUAUUUAGACUGCUUGGAAAUUUUUAGCUUAAAUUUGCAUGAGCUCUGUUAGGGAAAUGCCUGAAAGGUACUCAGAAACAACUGUGAAGCUUUUUUAUUCCAGGAAGGUUU